GUCAACCCAUUUUUUAAUUGUUAUUUUUGUUUUUGUUGUUGUUGUCUUUCUCCUUCAUCCUUGUCUCUUUGUCCGCGAUGUUCUGCUUAACGUAGGACAACAGUUAUAUCCAUACUAUACUUGUCUGUGAGGGCCUAUGUCUUGUCUAAAGCCUCUAUGAGCCAUGUUCCUACUUUAUACUUGACAUGUACGGAGAUUUCCGAAAUGUUCGAAGCAGUCAUGUUUUGCCAGACUGCAAAUCCCGUCUUUUUACCAACAUGUUUGUGGCUCAUUUACAGUUCUAUACAACCUUAUAAGAGUCGUUUUGUCCCCUGAUAACAUUGGAAGCCGAUACUUAUCGCGAAGAAA